AUGGACAUGAAAUCAUUAGAAAUCUUGAUUAUACAUGGUCUAAAAAUGGAGGAUGAACUUUUAGGAUUAUUUCGUAAGGAAAGACAAACUGCAAAAUUGCGGUAUGAAGAAAAGAAGAAACAUGAACUUGAUACAAUUUCAAAUUUAGCAUGGAAAAAGUUAUGUGACCGUUAUAGGCUUUUUGAAGAAUUGGAUCGAGAAUCUUCGGAAAUCCCAUUGUCACGAGAAAAUGUAAUUGAUAUAAGUGAUAAGGACUUAGAAAGGAUUCAUUCAAAAUAUCCAGGUAAAGAAGGCCAAAUUGAUGAAGUAAUUAAAAUCAAUUCCAACAAUUGGAAUAAAUUGAAAAGUCGAUAUAUUUUUACUUCGACAAAUAUUUUUGAUAUAUUGGAAAUGACUGAAGAAUCUGCAAGCCAGAUUUUUUAUAAUACGUUCAGAAAAUCUGCAAGUCAUAGUUUAUUUGACAAUAGUCAAUCAAUUAUUUCACUAUCAAAAUAUAUAAAAUUUGUAAAAUUAAAAAAUUCGUCUAAUGUGAAAUCUGCGCAAGGCCUUACUAAUUUCAAUAAUCCGAUAGAUACAAAAUCUUUACAAGAAUUAUAUCAUUGCAAAAAUCUUUUAGAUAUUAAAUCUAUACAAGACCUUAAAAAUAUACCAAAUGAUAGAUUUAUACAUAAUCUUAUUAAUUCAUCGUUUCUUGGAGAGGACAAAAAAGAAUUAAUAAGUGUUUUCUUAGAAGAAUACAAAAAAUGGAAAGUUACAAUUUCUUAUGAAAUGAAAAAUAUUUUGCAAAAAGAUUCUCUCAUUCAAAAAUUAUCACUUCAGUUAAAAGAAGAAUUUGAGCAAGAGAAACAAAAUAUUGAAUUUGAAAGGAUUUGUGAUGAAAUAAUGGCAUGUGAAUCUUAUAACUCGGCUAGGGUUUUCUCUCUCAAAUAUGAGCUUGAAAUAAUUGAGCCAAAAGCAACUUCAUUAGAUCAAUCAGAGUCCUUCCGUCUACAUAAGGAAGAGUUUUAUAUUCCAAAUCCAAUUUUUCGUUCAUAUGAUGAAAAUAUACUUAUUGCAGUUAAUGAGCAUAAAGAGCCAAUAGCUAUAUAUGCUAAAUGUUUCUUGGGAUUUAUUCAUAUAUUACUACAAUGGUACAAUAAUAUGGUCCCGAAUCUUCAGCAUUUAAUUUUUGUUAAAGAUACUGAAGAACUCUGCUUUGUUGAGCAAGGUGGUCGGGCACGUAUUUUCAAUCUUGUUAAUAAGCAAUUUCGACCAGCGGUUUGUAGUUUUCCAUCAAAUACUGCUAAUGUUCUGAGUUCACCCGAUGGAUCAUGUAUUGUAGCGUUUAUAAAAGAAAAAUUCGAGUAUAAUGCUGAUAGUGUUACAGAAAUCAAGGACGAUAUAAUGAAUUUUAAUAAUGAAUUACAACAUAAUUCUGUCGAUGCCAACAAUAAUGAAAUAUCCCGCGCUUAUGUUUAA